AUGCCUCAAGUCUCAUGCCAAAUACUUAAUGCCUUUGUUAUAUACGAUACUAAGUGCCAUAAGGAUGAUAUUUCAAAAGGACAGUUAGAGGUUGAAAAGAUAACUUUGUAUUGUGGGAACGUUUUCAAAAGGAAUCCUCGCCUAGAUAGUCCUGAGGCGGAGUCAAAAGCACGGAUCCACAGUGAUAGCUUCAGCACGCACAAGGCAUUUCUCCUCUCGGCACUAACAGCGUUGGUGUCAUGCGGAAGACUUGAGCCACAAUAUCUUCCGCCACGGCCAGGCUCAGGUUUUGGGGGUGGAGGCGCUGGCGGUGCUGGUGGGUCAAACGCACUUGGGGCUGGGGGAGCUGGUAAUGGAGGUCUUGGAGGUGGUUUUGGAGGCGGGUCUGGUGGCGGCUUCGGCGGUGGAUCUGGCGGUAAUCAAGGCUUAGGGGGAGGUUUCGGAGGAGGAUCUGGCUUUGGCGGUGGGGCAAGCGGAAACAGUAACUUCGGUGGUUCCGGUGGAGCCAACAUUCCAAUUGUUAAGUACGAGAACGUUAACAAUGGCGAUGGCACAUACCGGUUUAGCUAUGAAACUGGUAACGGUAUCCAGGCCCAAGAGAGCGGUGCGCCACGAGCGCAGGGCCCUGAAGGGCCAGCUGUUACCGCAGAAGGAGGCUUCUCAUUCCGAACCCCCGAAGGCCAACAGAUCUCUUUGAGCUACACAGCCGACGAAAACGGCUUUCACCCAGUCGGUGACCAUCUUCCUACUCCUCCACCUAUCCCCGAAGCCAUCUUGCAGUCUAUUGAAUUUAACAAGCGUAACCCAUCAUCAGAAGGCGCAUACAACGGUGGAUCGGGAAGCGGAUCUGGUAAUUUCGGUGGAUCCGGUAGUGGUUCUGGAAGUUAUGGCGGCUCUGGAAGCGGUUCAGGCGGCUUCGGCGGUUCUGGCAGCGGUUCGAAUGGUUUCGGCGGCUCGGGUAGCGGCGGUUCUGGAUUUGGUGGUUCAGGUGGAGCCGGAGGUUUCAAAGGCUCCGGGAACGGUUUUGGGGGGUCAGGAUCUGGCAGUGGAUUCGGCGGCUCAGGUUCUGGGUCCGGAUCUGGUGGUGCCGGCGGUGGCUACCAUUAUUGA